AUGAAAUUUGUUCGAAUUGUUGAUAUUUUUGUAAUCGUAUGCGCAUCAUUUUUUAUUGUUGAGGAAGUAAAAUCAUGCGAGACAGAGUGCCAAAAUGGUAUUUCCAAUGCCUUCGCUGUUAGUUGGACAGACGAAGUUAAACCGAUCUACGGGAAUUUCCAAACCAACGUUCUCGAUCAUUUAUUCUAUGGUAUAUCAAGCGAUAAAGUUUCAAAUGAUUCGACUGCGGUAGAUAACCUUACCAAAGAUGUGCGCAGUUCCGUCACUAAUCAAACUCAAAGUUUUACGGAAGCAUUCAUUUCAAGCAUGGCUGGAAUAAUUAAAAAUGCCAUUUUCAACGAGGAACCAAAAAUGAAGGGUGAUUGUAAUCACCCUCGUCGAGUUAAACAGCCUCCUCUAGGUGUUAAUUGGACAUAUGAUGAUUGUAUUAAAAUGGAUUACGUUUGUGGAAAUCCACCUUCAAUAUGUCAUUUUUUAGAUGACAAUAAGGCGAAAUGUUUUAGAGAUUUAAAAGAGAAUGUAACGAAAAGUUCAGAAGUCGGAGGCGAUUACAUUAAUAACAUCAAUAGUACUGUUACAAAUAUUUUAUCUAGUUAUAGUCUUACGCCAAAUGGUUCUGAUUACUUUAAGAAAAUAGUUUUGAGAAAUGUUCAAAGUUGCUUAGAUAGCUUAGAUAAAAAUUUUAAUACCGGUUUUUGUUCCGAUAAUUGUACCCAAUAUGAUAAUUCAACUAUAAUACCAUUAUUGCUGUCUUUUCCUUAA